CAUCAACUGCUGUGAGAGUUCUAUCUGCCGCUUGGUGACGGUGGAAUGUCGCAUUGUGUCGGGACAGUCAGCGAGCUACCUGGCAACUCGCCCUGAGGUGAGAACCUGCCUUCCUGCAACACGGGCGAUAAGAUAAGGCUUGUGUUCGUGCCAAGGCUGACCCACAAUUGAGGCCAAAGUAGGAUUUGGAUCUCGAUCAAUGACGUCGGCCGUUCCUUUUCGCCUGCUUCUUUCAACCACCAUCGACAAUGAUGGGGAAACAUCGUCAUACCCUCUACAGCACUGGCCCAAUCGGAGUCCUAUCUUGCAACCGUCUGACGCCAUGGAUCUAGCAACACCGGUGAUUAAAGGUACCAGUGGCCCUCAGCACUUGGGGCCCUUGACCUCCAUUCCACCACAGGACACGCGAAUCGAACACGACAGCCACAAUACUUGGACAAAAUGGCAACAGCAGAAGCAGCCUAUGCCGUCGAGAAGGCCAUCGGUCACGAUGACAAUAACAUCAUCCAGCAGGAUGUCUCCAACUUCAACCAGAAGGGCACCGGCGACCCUAACGAGACGAUGAAAGCUCUAGUAUGGCAGACCAAGCAAAAGGUCGAGAUUGUUGACGUUCCCAAACCAAAAAUCAUCGAGCCCCGCGACGUCAUCCUCAAGGUGACCGGCACCACCGUUUGCGGUUCCGAUCUUCAUCUGCUCCACGGCGCCGUCCUCCAAAUGCACAAGGGCGAUAUCCUCGGCCACGAAUUCUGCGGUGUCGUCGACCAGGUCGGCUCCGCCGUCCGUGACAAGGUUCAGGUUGGCAAGCGAUACGUUGUCUCCUUCCAGAUUGCCUGCGGUGACUGCUUCUUCUGCAAGCAGAAGCUUUCGUCGCAGUGCGAAACGACCAACUCGAACACCACCACCAAGGCAAUGUACGGAGGGAGGACAGCUGGCAUCUUUGGGUAUUCGCAUCUGACGGGUGGUUUUGCCGGUGGUCAAGCCGAGUAUGUGAGGGUCCCGCUGGGCGACGUAAACUUGCUGGAGAUUCCAGAUGAUGUUCCAGAUGAGAAGGCGUUGUGGCUAUCUGAUGUUUUGCCGACGGCUUACAAUGCUGUCAAGGAUACUGCCGUAUACCCCGGUGAUGUGGUGACUAUCUUCGGUGCCGGGCCUGUUGGGCAGAUGGCGGGUGUUUUUGCAGUCGGCGAGGGUGCCAGCAAGGUUAUCUUUGUCGAUACCGAGCCCAGGCUGUCGAUCAUCAAGUCGAGAUGGCCCAAGCAGCACCGGGACAAGAUUGAGGUGCUGGAUUUCAAGCAGCUCAGCUUUGGGGUGACCAGCAAGGACACCGUGGUGAGCAAGUUGAAGGAGUUGACAGGUGGGCGUGGCCCAGACGUUGCUAUCGAGUGCGCCGCUGGAGAGUACGCCAAGGGCUGGAUGCACUGGCUGGAAAUGAGCUUGGGAGCCGAGACGGACACGAGUGAAAUCAUCAAUGAGAUGAUUGAGGGUGUGAGGAACUACGGUCGUGCCGGUGUUACUGGUGUCUAUGUUGGAUACACAAACCACUUCAACAUUGGAUCUUUGAUGCAGCGCGGCAUCCGCCUGAUUGGCAACGGCCAGGCCCCCGUGCACAAGUACUGGGAGGAGUUGCUAGAGAAGAUCAAGACGGGCGAGCUCGACCCAGUGCAGAUGAUUUCGCAUCGUGUCCGCCUCGAGGACUUGGACAAGGUCUACUACAAAUUUGACAACAAGGAGGACGGCAUGCAGAAGGUGUUUGUUGAGACCAAGUUCUCGCAUCCACGAGCGGCUGGGACGCCAGAGCUGACCAAAUACUAGUCUGUAUUUUGAUACUGGGAAGCAUUGAGGAGUUAGUUGUUACCAUUUACAUGUGCCCCAAGCGUGAACCCAUC